CGGCCCCUGUUGUAUUUCCCGAGCUCCAUUGCGGAAGCGGAGCUCGCCAUAUUGUGUGGCGGCGCCGGCGGCCGCGGCGGCUUCUCCCUAAGUCUCGCUCCGGCCGCGGCCAGCGGAGUCCGGGUCCGGGACAGGCGCCGCAAUGUCUCAGGCUGUGCAGACAAAUGGAACUCAACCAUUAAGCAAAACAUGGGAACUCAGUUUAUAUGAAUUACAACGAACACCUCAGGAGGCAAUAACAGAUGGCUUGGAAAUUGUGGUUUCACCUCGAAGUCUACACAGUGAAUUAAUGUGCCCAAUUUGUUUGGACAUGUUGAAGAACACCAUGACUACUAAAGAGUGUUUACAUCGUUUUUGUGCAGACUGCAUUAUCACAGCCCUCAGAAGUGGCAAUAAAGAAUGUCCUACAUGUCGGAAAAAGUUAGUUUCUAAAAGAUCACUAAGGCCAGACCCAAACUUUGAUGCACUCAUCAGCAAAAUUUAUCCAAGUCGUGAUGAAUAUGAAGCUCAUCAAGAGAGAGUAUUAGCCAGGAUCAACAAACACAAUAAUCAGCAAGCACUCAGUCACAGCAUUGAGGAAGGACUGAAGAUACAGGCCAUGAACAGAUUACAGCGAGGCAAGAAACAACAGAUUGAAAAUGGUAGUGGAGCAGAAGACAAUGGUGACAGUUCUCACUGCAGUAAUGCAUCCACACAUAGCAAUCAGGAAGCAGGACCGAGUAACAAACGGACCAAAACAUCUGAUGAUUCUGGGCUUGACCUUGAUAAUAACAAUGCAACAGUGGCAAUUGAUCCAGUAAUGGAUGGUGCCAGUGAAAUUGAGUUAGUCUUCAGGCCUCAUCCCACACUUAUGGAAAAGGAUGACAGUGCACAGACAAGAUACAUAAAGACUUCAGGUAAUGCCACUGUUGAUCACUUAUCCAAGUAUCUGGCUGUGAGAUUAGCUUUAGAAGAACUUCGAAGCAAAGGCGAAUCAAACCAGAUGAACCUUGAUACAGCCAGUGAGAAGCAGUAUACCAUUUACAUAGCAACAGCCAGUGGGCAGUUCACUGUUUUAAAUGGCUCUUUUUCUUUGGAAUUGGUCAGUGAGAAAUACUGGAAAGUGAACAAACCCAUGGAACUGUAUUAUGCACCCACAAAGGAACACAAAUGAGCUUUUACUAAAAUCAGUUCUGAGAGUGAAUUUUUUAUAGCCUAUUUCUUUAAUAUUAAAUAUGUACUGUCAUUACUUUUAUGGACAGAAUCUUGGAUAUGUUCAGUUUUCUUUCUGAGCCAGACUUGUUUACACUAUUAGAAUCUUUCCCCUUAAUUUAAGAUUUCCUUUUUGGAAGGGACUGCAGUUACUCAGUUCUUUUUCUUUCCUUUUAAAUAUAUCUAAGUUGUAUGUUUUCACAAAAUAUGGUUCCAAUUUGGAGCACCCUUUUGACCCAGGAAUUUUUCAUAGUUCUGUAUUCAUAAGUGAAAUUCAGUUGGCCAUCCUUUUCCCUUCUCUCAGAAGUUUUUUAGGUCUACAGAAUGUUGAAAUUAAGUAUUUUGACUUUUUUCCUGGAGUCUUGUAUAUUUAUAGUUUUCUAUAUAAGCUGUAGUAUCUUCAUGAAGACCAAGGCUCAAAUUUACUGUGCUUAAAAACAAUUCUCAUAGGAUUAUUAUUUUCAUGGUAUUUUCUUCCAUAAAAUCUCAUUUUUUAAAAAAGGUUCUCUAUGAACUUAGUGUCCAUUGUCAUGCAAUGUUAUUUUUUCCAUUUUUUUCCCUCUGAUUUUGGAAUUUCUGAUCCUAGGAAAGAGAAUCAAACAAAAUCUCAAGUUAUGUGAGAACUUGACUCAUUUAUAGAUUUCACUGAAGAGAGAAAAAUUAAAUUGGUCUUAUGUAGUCUUCAAGAGUAUAUUUAAAGAGGUCUUUUUUGUAUUAGUUCUGCUGUCACUUAAGUUCCUUUAUUAUAUGUGUUUGAUGUUUUUUUGCCUAUUAAAAUACCAGAGAUAUGGAGAUAUUUUGCACUUUAGCCUUGAUGAAAGUACAAGAUAUGCUCAAAGCUUCCCUAAUUCUUUUCUUAUUGGUAACCACAUACAUUUCAAGAAUGACAUGGCACAUAGAACUAACAGUGGGGGGUGGGGGGCAGUUUGCCUUUUUUUGAAAAGUUUAUUUAGCAUUUUGGUUGCCAUCUAUCAGUUUAUAAAUUUGGAGCUCUGCUAAUUACAAAUUAAUGGAGCUCAAGCCCUGCCUUGAUAUAGUGAAAGAUAAUUCUGCAUAAGAAUGUCAGCCAGUAGGGUAAAGUCAUUCUACUACUCUUCUUUUAGUUUUAUAUUGAGGGACAGUGUUGGACUUUUGGAGCCAGAAGGCUUUAUGAUGACAAGUCAGAAAUAAGGUUGAUGUGUGUUAUUUUUCAUCCCUGUCCUGAUUCUAGGUAUGUUUCCAAGUUUAUAUUAUCACAGUAUUUACAAAGAGCUUGCAUUGAGAAAUUAAUCCUAAAGAGUUUUUUCUAGAGGGGAGUAGUCCUCCCAUACCAUUGUUACUAAAACCUUGUCUAGUCAUUGUAAAUAUUUAUCUGUCAUUUUGACAGAUUGGAGCCAGCUUGGUGUUUUAAAUCUUCAGCUCAGUAUGAUGAAAAUUUAAAGGCUUACUCAAUUUUUUACCAUUUUACUGAAAAUAUUUAAAAUCUGUUUUUACAGUUUUUUUUGUAAUCUGUGCCAUGAAAUUUGAAGACCACCAAGAAAAAAGGGAGAUUUUGUAUUCAAUUCCUUUUCUGGUGUAAUGUUAAGUUGUAUAGAUUAUUAAUGCAUGUCCACUGAAUAUAACCCUGGUUUUGUGAUAUAACUGCUUAGAUUUUAUUGGUGACAUUAGCUUAGUGGUUGCAUUAAAUAACUAAAUUCCUGUUGUGA